AUGUCUUUCCUCGGUGGUGGAUCCUCCUCCAAGUCCAAUGAGGACAUCAAGACUGCUCUGCUGCAGCAAAUUCAACAAGAGCAGGCGAUGAACAACGCCCGCGCUCUCAUCGGCAAAAUCAACGAAAACUGUUUCGAUGCCUGUGUCCCUGCCCCCGGGGCCUCGCUCUCGUCCAAGGAGAAUGCGUGCUUGUCCAGCUGCAUGGACAAGUAUAUCAACAUGUGGAAUGCCGUCAGCCGAAGCUAUAUGCACCGCAUGAACGAGGAGAGGAAGAAGAUGGGUGGGGAUGUCGGCAGUCUGACCAUGUAA